AUGCCACACCACACAUUCACACUCUGGCUCAGUGCAGUCAUCAUAAUGGAAUAUUCUUCGUACGUAAAAUCUCUUACAAGUCGGUAUGGUUUGAAAGAGUCAUCCGUCGAAGAAACGCAUCGGCAACUUCAGGAGAGGUUGAACCAGGACAAAAUGAAGCUCCAACAAUUAUUUAAAGAAAAAUUGGUUACUCCGAAAAACUCGAAGAAGGCUUCUGCUCACAUCAAGCAGCUAAAUGAACAGAUUAAAGACCUUUCCGAAGACAUUGGUGAACUUGAUACAUGCUUGCUUAUUUUACGACACAAGCUUCCUCAAGAAAUGUUGCGCGCCAUGAGAGACAAUGCUGCAUCAAAUGAAGAGGCCAUAGCAUCCAUUCAAAAGGCCUUGGAUAUUGAAAUUCGUGUGCGAAACGGAGCUGAGAGGCUAAGCCAAACGUAUAAAGAUGGUCCUCGAAACUGCCUUGAGUCGGCUAGGAAACAAUUGGGGUCUGAUGAUUCGUCUCCAAUGUCGCCCUUGCCUUUCAAUGACGACAAUCUUACUUCGUCCACAUUGCCUACCUCAUCGCCAACAUUUACAGACGUCACCCGUGCCAAUGGUGCCUACAUUUUCGGUGUUGCUGCAACUCACUCCUGGCAGCAGCAAGUGGCAGAAUUGAAGUACCGACUUCGAAUAGAACGCGCUGUGUACGAGGGUGCUGGAAAGGUUCUUAACGCCUUCACGGGACCACAAAAAGGUGCCGAAAAGACAACCAAAUUAAAGAUUUACGGGAGUUUCCGAGAGCCCAAGUCGAGUAGUAUUUCAGAGAAAAAGGCAUUGGCAUACCGUCGCGUUCGCGAAUACUUCCAAGAGCUCUACUUGCUGCAGCUGUCGAUGCAGAACCUUGUCUCCGUUCCACCAGUAGUGGAUAAUCAGGAAGAUGAUCCAGACCUCGCGGCGGCCUUUGCAGAGGCCAUCAAUGAUCCAGAGAUUCAACAUCUACUUGAACAUCCGGAUAACAGGCCGGGAAGUGUUUCGCUGCCGGGGAGCGAGGGUCACGUGGGAACGAGGAAGCAUUCUAUUUCCUCGUUGGCGUCACCCGCAAUCACCGCAGUUACUGGCCUUCUGAAGGUUUGCUGCAUUGGCUGUGAGGGGUUGUUGGAUGUCUUCCCGGCAGCACUUUUUUCCCCAGGAGGAGGUUCAGUUGGCUCGCGUGCCAAACCUGCUCUCAUCGAUUCGCCCGCAGAAUUCUCGGCAAAAUUCGAGGAUAGACCCGCGGAUGUGAGCUGCUUCCUGAAGGUUGACAACAGCGACAAAUCAUGGCACACUUCGUGGCGAUCACCGUCUUCCAAUUGUUGGAACACUGAGUUUUCUUUGAACGUCUCACAGGCGCGCGAGUUGUGGAUCCAGGUCUUUUGGAGGCGUGUCUAUCCCAUUGGCGCCGCAUUUGUGCGUCUACAGGACUUGCUGGACACCAAGCCUAAACUGCGUCUUCCAAUGUUGCCCCAGGGUUAUGUCAACCUGCAACUCACUUUCACCGACCCACUAAUGCAAGCACCCCGUGGAUUGAAGCGACAACGGCGUAUCUCUCGACAUAAGGUUCGGAACCUGCCACGUAUCACAGAGUCCAACACCUCGGUGCAGCAAUGGGUGCGGGCGCGUUUCGGUUGUCGUUCAACGACCCCGCAGCCCACUGCCACGACCGUCUCGGGGUUUACAGUUCCGACAGCGGUGGCCACGACUACCGCCGCAUCCCCGACCACGAUCGAGAUGAACGGCGGUCCCGUGCGCGCUCAUGUGGCCAAUGCGGAGAGGGAAGGCCGCUACACCAAAGCCACUUCUCCCGUCUGUGAUAGUCGUUCGCGCAACAAGACUUCCACUUUUUCAUCUACACCUCAAUCAUCCUCCACGAGCGAUCUCGUAGACACAUCCACGAAAUCCGCCACCACACCGGCUAAUACGAAGUCGUUGCCUCCAUCUUCUUCUGUUGCCGUCGGUACCGACAGCAAACCACCCACUGGAAAACCGCCCUCCGUUGUGGACUACGGCGGUGAGGGUGACUAUGACGACUACGAUGUAUUUACUGCGCCUGAUGAGACCUUCUGCAUGCGGCAGAAGCGGCCUCUGGAGAUUCCUCUUACCGCAGAUGCUGGUAGUGGUGACUACGCCAACCAGGAGCUGGUGGAAGCUGAUGCCCAAAAACACGUGACGCCUGAUCAGGCGGCAAUGGAUGGGGACGUAAAACCGCCCCUCAGAAGCGAAUCCUUCGGCUCAGACUACGAGGAACCCACCAUUCCACCUCAACACACUGUUGUUCCGACUGAAGCCCUAUCCCUGGAUGACUUCCGUUUUGUUGCUGUACUGGGUCGAGGGCACUUUGGCAAGGUGUUGUUGGCGGAGUCACAAAAAACGAAAAAAUACUACGCUUUGAAAACCCUCAAGAAGGCUGAAAUCCUCUUUCGUAAUGAGAUUGACAGUCUCAUCUCGGAGAAGCGCAUCUUUCAGACCAUAACUGAGGCCAAACAUCCAUUCCUCGUCAACUUGGUCGCAUGCUUCCAAUCGCCGGAGCAUGUGGUAUUCGUGAUGGACUACGCUCCAGGUGGUGAUCUGAUGCUACACAUUCAGGAAAGUGUCUUCUCAGAAUACCGUGCUGCUUUCUACGCUGGAUGUGUUGUCCUUGGGCUGGAAUUCCUCCACUCCAAGCAGAUCAUCUACAGAGACUUGAAAUUGGACAACUUACUCAUGGACACAGAGGGUUUUGUAAAACUGGCAGAUUUUGGCCUCUGCAAGGAGGGGAUGGGGCCGGACGACACGACCUCCACCUUCUGUGGAACUCCCGAGUUCCUUGCUCCCGAGGUUCUUCUUGAGCCCUCCUACACUCGUGCGGUCGAUUGGUGGGGUCUCGGUGUUCUCAUCUACGAGAUGCUCGUUGGUGAAUGUCCGUUCCCUGGAAACUCGGAGGACGAAAUUUUCGAGAGCAUCACCAAUCGGGAGGUACGGUACCCGGUUCGUCUGGGUAUGGAGGCCACAUUGAUCAUGCGACGUCUACUGCGACGUAAUGUGACGCUGCGCCUUGGUGCCUCGGCUAAAGACGCUGCCGAAGUGAAGGAGCAACUCUUUUUCAAGUGCAUCAACUUUGACGACCUCAUACAACGCAAAACCAAGCCACCCUUCGUUCCUAAAAUCUCAGCUGCGGAGGAUGUGUCCAACUUCGACGUAGAGUUCACGCGUGAGCGUCCCUGUCUCACACCGGCACGAGAACGAGCACCACUCUCGAACAGGGAUCAGAACUUCUUUGGCGAUUUUGACUACUCUCCCGAUGGCUUCUACGCACACCACCUCUCCAAGGCUCCACACUCCUCUGGCCAAGACAUUUGCUUAGUGCAGUUUAAAAUGGGCAAAGCAAAGGGACUUACAAAAGCUAAACGCUCACGAGACUCGCCAAGAAAGUCGGCCUCGGAGUUAAAUCUCGUGACGACAACUUUCAUUGAGGUCGGACCUAACACACCCGUCUGUAUCGCCCAUAGACGGUGUGGACCCUGUAUUGUGGGAGGAAAUUGUUUGAAGAGUAUGCACCUCCUGUGCUCGGGAGGCAUGCAUUUGACUGGUAGCUCCGCGGGUGAACUCUUCAUCAUGUCGCCUCUAUCCUCAGCCCAGUCGUUGAAUUAUAUUACUUGCGAUCACUACCACAAGAAGCCACAACAACAGCAGCUGUACCAAAUACCUGCAAAACUGGUCCCCUUGAAUGAAAUUGGUCAGAGCAGCGGCGCCGUAGAAUGCAGUGAGCGCCACAUGCGACGCGUGGGUCGAAUAUCACCCGACAGGUACUUUGGAAAUCAGACCCAGAUGAUUAGAUGUCCUCUCUGCGAGGCUCACUCACGAAAAACUCUGGACAACAGCACCACAACUACCACCACUGCCAGCACUAGCAGCAUAUCUGACACUGAGGAAAUUACGUUCACCAGACCGCCACGGCAAGCCAGAGCUCGGUAUUAUUCAAGUCCACGACGAACAUCGCCCGGACGAUUCAUCGCGCGGAAGAGUGAAACAGAAAUGGUAUCGCAUCAACGAGGCAGUAACAGGCCACCGCACCAAAGUGGUGGAAAUUGGAAUCAUGAACCCGUGAAAUUGGUCUACGAAAAUCGUCCACGGGAAUCGACUCGACGGAGCCCAAGUCCUCCACACCGACCACGAUCUGCACUUCAGCAGAUGAGGAGGCUCGACUCCGAUACGCAUACUUCCCGAAUGAAUGGCGCCUCGAGGAUUAUCUACGCAAGUAAGCCCGACACGCCGACCUACCACAAUAUCCCGAUUCGACAUGCAAGUCCACCAAAAGGCACCACCAUUGGCUUCAGGCACGACAUUACCGCCUCCUCGUCAUCAGCGUCAAUUUCGACCAGCAUUACGAGCCUGCCUCAAGGUUCGCCAGUACGGCCGCCAGAUAUAGAGCUCGACGUGGUACCGCCGCCUUCGCCUCGACCAUUUGACAAUCGUGCGCCCCACGGGAAUCUCAUCAAGUUCGAAACCACCAGACCUGCAGAUGUUCCCUAUUUUGAUUCCGCCUCGGAGAGCAAUUUUGACCUCAACAGGCCGGAAAACCACGCUCGUGGGGCCGGUUACAUGGUGGCCCGACCCCAAGGUAAUGCCUACCCAGGUGAACGGAUGCCUCCACAGCCGCGAAUAGGCUACCAGGAGGAGGAGUUGAUACCACGCCGAAGGACCACCAAAGACCCCGACCUGAAUAUGAGCUUCAAUUUCCAAUGCGGCGCCGAUCCACACGUUCCAUCCCUCACUCCGGAAACGUCGCUUGGGACUCAGGGUCCGGCGCCAAACAUGAAAAUUCAAGCGAGGGGCAAAACAGGCGACAUUUCGACUACCACUAUGCCCACGGAUACACCGACUGGAGGAAAUGCACUAGACGCCACCCUUGAAACAGUGGGUUCGUUGCAAUUGCCUCCGGCUGCACGCAAUUCAAGUCCUCGAAUACUGCCGACACUGGUAUCGCCUGUCUCAAAUGAGGAAUCAUCAGUGGCUACCUCGCAGAAUGGCAACACAAGGAAGCAAGACCUCGGCGACGGAAGAGAAUCAGGAUUUUCGUCUCAUGCCUAUGAAGUGGUACAGGAGCCGCCAAUGGGUGUAACCCAAGGGCAGGAUUUUGGUACACACGUUGAAGAGCUGGCAACUUCGGUCGGGGUGGAGGGUGACAUUUUGAUUCCAAGCCAGCAGUCAUUAGGAGCGCCCGAGGAGGAAUUGCCAUCGCCACCACCAACAACACCGCCACUACCGAGAUCAAUAGACAAAGUAGAUCUGAAUAGCAGAAACAAAGCUCCUUUGCCAUCACAGGAUGACAACAUCGAUCCUCAAUUAGAUCUUUCGAAGAAAGUUUCCGUCCAAGUCGGUAGCCUCAUUCAACAACGGCUGAAAGAGUUAACUGUAUGCCUUGGUAAGGACUCACAGCCUGUGAGUCGAGACACUGCGACCGCCAUGGCAGGCGAUGCUCGCAAGUUUGCGUCCCUGCAACCUCGAACAGGACCAAGGGCGAUAAGUACACAAGAACAGCCUCCUCCGACAUUCCAACAAUCAUCUGCUCCAAUGAAAGAAUUACCACGAACCUCGAUCAAGCGGUCAGAAAAUAUGGACUCAUUUAUAGAUCAACAAUUUGGUGGUUUAGGAAGGAAUCAACAGAUACCUCGCACCAGCUCUGAAGAGUCUGCUGACCGCCAACCACCACCGGGCUGGAAGGAUGUUGUAGAAUCGCCAUAUCAGAACCUUUCAGCCGAUGGAUACACCAAGACCCCCGUCGGCGGCAGACCAGAAUUACAAGGGCCACCGCAAGCUGAUCUCGAAACGCCAUUUCCUGGAAGUGGAAGAAGUGGUUUACCGCAACCACUCCAACGAGGCGAAUUCAUUUCCCAACGUGUGAAGGAGUUGAUGGCAGCCAGCGGUGGUGACUCGCACUCCGUCACUUCCAGCGGCACCGCCACCUCAUUAACGGCGCCCGAGCCCGUGCAAUUUAAGCUACAAAUUGAGGAUUUUCGUCUGGUGGCUGUGCUAGGACGCGGGAACUUUGGAAAGGUCCUCCUUGCUGAGUACAAACUGAAUAAUGGCUACUUUGCCCUCAAGACCUUCAGGAAGGUGGAUAUGCUGCGAGAAAAUUGUGUGGAUUGUAUGAAGAUUGAAAAACGUGUCCUCCAGAUUGUCUCUGAGGCGAGGCAUCCCUGUUUCGUCCACAUGAUCGCCUGCUUCCAGCCUCAGGAUUAUGCUGUAAUUGUACUGGACUAUUUGCCCGGCGGAGAUUUGAUGCAGCACAUUCAAAGUGGGGCAUUCGAUGAGGAGCGUACCGUGUUCUAUGCAGCCUGCGUAGUCUUGGCGUUGGAAUUCCUCCACUUGAAUGAUAUCAUGUAUCGAGAUCUAAAGCUGGAGAAUCUGCUCCUUACUGGUUGUGGUUACUUGAAGUUGGUUGACUUCGGACUAUGCAAGGAGAACAUGGGACCGAAUGAUAAGACAAACACCUUCUGUGGGACGCCUGAAUUUGUGGCGCCUGAGAUGAUCACAGACACUGGGUAUACCCGAGCCGUUGAUUGGUGGUGCCUGGGUGUUCUCAUCUACGAAAUGAUUGUCGGCAAGUGUCCAUUUCGUGGCCCACAGGAGGAUGACAUCUAUAACAGUAUCGUACGGCACGAGCCCAAGAUCCCUCUCCACGUGGGUCCGCGAGCCGCAAGCAUAAUUAGUCAGUUUAUGACAAAGGAUCCCAGUCGACGUUUGGGUGUUUCUGCAGCAGGAAUUUCGGACAUCAAGAGGCAUCCCUUCUUCUCUGGUCUCGACUUUGAUGCACUGCUAGCAAAUCGGGUGAAACCCCCGUUUAUCCCCAGACUUGUUGGUAUAGAGGACGUGUUCAACUUUGAUAGGCACUGCACAAGCGAAUUACCUCGACUCACGCCAGCAGAAAGGUCGAUCUCUCCUCGAGAUAAUCGGCGCUACUUCGCAGAUUUCGACUACACGAAUGAUGGCUCGACGAUUCGUUCGAACUAUAAUAAACCACAGCCUUGUUAG